AUGAACAUCUAUGAUGAUGUUAUAGAUGCCACCCAGGUGUCAAAUGCUGUUGUGGGCAAUUUUACAACUCAUCAGUAUUCUGAAUUGUUGAUCUCACGUACUAACUUGCUAUCAAUUUAUAAAGUCUCCAAAGGUAAAUUAAUACUCAAACAUGAAUUCAAGUUACAUGGUGCAAUCGUUGAUAUGGCAUUAGUGCCACAGGCCGAUGGUGAGCUGGAUUGUCUAAUACUAAGUACUGGCAAGGCCAAACUUUCCAUUGUGCGAUUCAAUGUCAAUAUGCCAAUACAGCUAGAAACAUUAAGUCUACAUUACUAUGAAGCAGAGUUUGAGAAGAGAAGCAUUAUAAAACUGGCUAAAACUUCGAAAUUAAGGGUAGAUCCACAGAGGCGAUGUGUGAUUCUGUUCAAUAAUGAUUGUUUGGCAGUUCUCUACCUUAAAGAUGAGGACGAGGAUGAUGAACAAGAAGAAAUUUACCAUCAAGACAAGAAGCAAAAAGUCACAGAUAAAGAGACAGGACCCUAUAGUCGUAGCGUGAUUAUAAGUGCCACGGGAUUGAAUUCAGGAAUUAAAAACGUCAUUGAUAUCAACUUUCUCAAUUCUUUCAACCGACCCACAAUUGCCGUAUUGUAUCAGCCUAGGCUUGCUUGGUGUGGUAACGAGAAGGUUGGAGGUGAAAACACAACUAGGUUACUUACUUUAACGCUAAAUGAAAACAAAAAUACAACGAUUUUCGAGUUGCAGGGUUUACCUUUUGAUACACACACCAUAAUUCCCCUAUCGAAUUCAAUCGUUCUUGUGGGUGUGAAUGAAUUAAUCAAUGUCGAUAAUACUGGCGCAUUGCAAGCUUUUAUUCAGUUGAAUGCGUUCUCUUCAAAGAACUUGGCAACGAGACGAAUAGACAAUAGUUCUCUUAACGUCAUGUUUUCAGAUCCCGUGGUAUGGACUUCGAAGAUGGUUGCCAAGGAUCGUGAGCUUCUGCUGACUGUAGAUCAUAGCGGUGAAAUGUAUUGCGUCUCUCUACAAUCUGAGGGUAGACUCUUAAUCGAUUUUUGUUUGACCAAAGUUCCAAUCGUGAACUCUACAUUCAAGUCAAACAGCAUUCCAACAUGUAUUGUGCCAGUAAAUUCACAGCUUUCAUUGAAAGAUAGCCAACUUUUUUUUGGGUUUUUGAGUGGUGAUGCAUUACUUGUUAAGAUCAAUAAUCUCCAAUCAAUCUUCGAUACACAACAUACACAGACAGUUGAUAUAAAGGCGGAUGAAGACGAAGAAUACGAAGAUCUUUAUGGUGACGAGGAAAGCAAUUCAAAUAGCAAGAAAGGUGAUCAAAAAGUUGUCGUAGAAACAAUCGCUCCCUUUGAUAAUGAAGUUACUGACAGAUUGAUGAAUAUUGGCCCCAUUACCUCGCUGACUGUAGGUAAAGUUUCAUCACUUCAACGAAACGUUGAAGGACUUCCAAAUCCUAACAUGAACGAAUAUUCAAUUAUAACAACGUCAGGAAAUGGCAGUGGUUCUCACUUGGCUGUAGUCCAGCCAAGCGUCCAACCUACAGUUCAGCAAGUUUUUAAAUUUACUUCAGUGACUCAGAUCUGGAAUUUGAAAAUUAGAAACAAGGACAAGUAUCUUGUAACUACCGACUCAGGGGCAGAGAAAAGCGAUGUUUUUGAGAUCAAUCGGAAGUUCACAUUGCUCAAACCAAAGCAUUUCAAAAGAAACAUGACGACAGUCGAAAUAGCUAUCAUUGGAGGAGGUAAGAGAAUCGUUCAAGUUACUACUAAAGCUGUCUAUCUUCUCAAUCUAGGCUUUAAAAAAUUAAUGACAAUAAGUUUUGACUUCGAAGUUGUGCACGUAUCAGUUCUUGACCCUUUUAUUUUGUUGACAAAUUCCAAGGGUGAGAUAAAAAUCUAUGAACUGGAGUCGAAGCACCGUAAGAAGCUUGUAAAAGUUAAACUUCCUAUGGCUUUGGAAGAAAUGAUCAUCACAUCGGGUGUUAUUCUGAAAAGUAGCAUUUGUAACAAAUUCAUCGUCGGUCUCGAGGAUUCAUCCGCUGAGCAACUUCUUUUUACCUUUGUUACUGCUGAUAACCAAAUUAUAUUCUUUCCUAAGGAACAUCAUGAUAGAAUUUUCCAACUAAAUGGCGUUGAUCAGCUCAAUGAGAUGCUUUUCAUCAGUACUUAUCAACUGCCAGAAGAAAUCAAUCCAGAUCCCUCCAUCAAGCAAGUAAUGAUUAACAUGUUGGGAAGGGAUAAGAAAGAAGAAUUUUUAACCAUUCUUACUUUUGGUGGUGAAAUUUAUAUGUACAAGAAAAUUGGGAGCAGAUUUUUCAAAUCUUCAUGUUGUAACGAUUUGUUAAUAACUGGUGCCCCUGAUAAUGCGUACGCCAAGGGUGUCAGUUCUAUUGAAAGAACUGCCUGCUACGUUCAAGCUUGUAAUGGCUACUCAGUGAUCCUUGUUACCGGUAACGUGCCCUAUAUCAUUGUAAAGGAGGAUUUCUCCAGUCCUAAGAUCUACAGGUUCACAAAUAUACCUCUAGUUUCACUGUCACCCUGGGGAAAGAACUCCGUCUUGUGUGUCGAUGACAUAAAAAAUGCAAGAAUAGUCACUUUGGAUCUGUCUUGUUCUUAUGGGAAUCGUUUACCACUCAAAAGGAUAAUAAUAGAAGAUGCACUCAAUGAGUUCGAGACUUUGAACAAUAUUACUUAUCAUGAAAAAUCUGAGAUGUAUAUUGUUUCUUAUACCAAAGAAAUACCAUACGAAGCGUUGAGUGAAGAGGGAGACCGUUUAGUUGGUUACAAGGACGGAGUUCCGCAUGCAAAAGGCUUUAAAUCAGGUAUACUACUUCUGAACCCCAUAACAUGGAACAUAAUUGAUAAAGCUGAGUACGAGAAAAAUUCCUUAAUUAAUGACAUGAAAAGCAUGAUAUUACAGCUGAACUCGAGGACAAAACGGAAGCGCGAGUAUGUUGUUAUUGGUAAUACUUUUGUGAGAGAUGAAGAUAUAGGUACUAUGGGUUCGCUUUAUUUAUAUGAUAUUACAGAGGUUGUUCCCGAACCAGGAAAACCAGACACAAACUUUAAGUUGAAACAAAUAUUUCACGAAGAAUUCAGAGGGGCCGUCAGUAGUGUAUGCGAGAUAAGUGGGAGAUUCUUGAUCAGUGAAAGUCAGAAAGUUCUGGUACGGGACGUUCAAGAGGACAACUCUGUUGUUCCUGUUGCAUUUUUGGAUGUUCCCGUAUUUGUCACCGAUUCGAAAAGUUUCGGUAAUUUGCUUCUUAUCGGAGAUGCAAUGCAGGGCUUUCAAUUCAUUGGCUUUGACGCUGAACCUUACAGAAUGAUCAGCUUGGGAAGAAGUGUCACAAAACUGGAAACUAUGUGUGUCGAAUUUUUGGUUAACAAUGGUGAUGUAUUUUUUCUUGUGUCUGACCGUGAGAAUAUUUUACAUGUUCUGAAAUAUGCUCCAGAUGAACCAAACUCACUCUCUGGGCAGAAGUUAGUUCACUUUACAAGUUUUAAUCUACUUGCAGCCAAUACGUGCAUGAAACUUCUCCCCAAAAAUCGGGAGUUUCCCACCACGGGCGCUUCACAAUCUUUUCAAGUUAUUGGUGCCCAAACAGAUGGUUCCAUUUUCAAGGUUGUUCCAUUGACAGAGGCUAGUUAUCGAAGACUAUAUGUUGUCCAGCAACAUUUGAUUGAUAAAGAAAUUCAGCCGUGUGGUCUAAAUCCUAAAAUGGAAAGACUUCAGAAUGAAUACUAUCAACUUGGGCAUCUAAUGAGACCUCUUUUGGACUUUACUGUGAUUAAAACAUUCGGAAACCUUCCCAUCAAUAAACGUAAACAGCUAGCGUCUAAGGCAGGCAGACAAGCUCAUUUUGACAUAUGGAGAGAUUUGAUUGAAGUUGAAUAUUCAUUGAGAUCACUUGCGAAGUGA